UAAUGUACUUAAACUAGCCAUUUUAGGGAUCAUAUGCUGGCAGUUAUAUAUGACCACGGCAGCGACCAUUGAACAGAAUGCACCUAUUGUCGGUGGUUCACGUGCCAUAUUAGGACAAUUUCCCCAUCAUGUACUUUUGCGUAGAGACUCACAAGAUCAAUUGUUAUGUGGUGGUUCUAUAAUUUCCGAUACAUGGGUCUUAACAGCAGCACAUUGUGUUUAUAACAGGACGUUUGUUCAUAUGGAAUUUGGCACUAUAGAUCUCUAUGUUGAUGGUGUUGUUAUGAAUUCUUCAACAUUUUUUAUACAUCCCAAAUACAAACCCUCCAUUGUAAUGGAUGAUGUUGCUUUGAUUAAACUACCGACGCCCCUAAAGUUUAACAAAAAUAUAAAUGUCAUACCAUUGGUACCUUCAAAAGAUGCCAAAAAUGAUUUUGUGGGUAAAUUUGGCUCGGUAACUGGUUUCGGUUGGCCUACCGAUCGAGCAAAAAGAUAUUCAGAAAGAUUAUUAUGGGGCACGGUGCAAGUUAUCAGUAAUAAGGAAUGUGCUAAGAAAUUAAAAGAACGUGCUAUAGAGGCUUCAAGUAUGUGUGCGGUACCUUAUAUGGGUACGAAUAUGUCACCCUGUAGAGGUGAUUCUGGUGGUGCUUUAAUUUGGAAAAACGAUGAAAAAAGAUUUGUACAAAUUGGCAUUAUAUCGUCGACAAAGAAAAAUCAUUGUUCAGAAUAUCCUGUAGCUUAUGCAAGAAUUACAUCAUUUUUGAAUUAUAUACGCAAUAUAACGGGUUUAAGGUUUAAUUAAUUUCAUAUAAUUGAACUUAAUUAAAGAAGA